UGGUUCACUUGGUGCAGCAGCCAAUCCGCGUUUACAGUAAAAUACCACACUUCCUGUUUCGGAUUAAAGAAAAUACCGCAAUUAAUGGUAUAUUCAAUCUGAUAUGACGAAUGAAUUGCAGUGAUUUACCAUACCGUUUAUGAGAGAGAACACACGAUGGAAUAGAGGCAGACUCUGUACUACAGCUUCUUCUGCACUCCUCCAGAAGAGAGACGAGGCAGGGCCAGGGGCCACGAGGGAGAGCUGAAAAGAAGGCCUGACCAUGUCUGUGUCCCUGCUGUGGGCAGUGGAUGUGUACGGGCGCGUUUACAGCCUGUCCACCGGAGGGCAGCAGUGGGAGCAGUGUCAUGAUGCCGUGUUAGAGUUUAAGAGGGUGACAGCAGUACAGCAGUGUUGCUGGGGUAUCGCCUGUGACCACCACAUCUACCUGAAUGUCCACUCUAGUGAUGUACCCAUACGUUACCAGGAGGAGACAUACGAGAACCAGCGAUGGAAUCCCAAGGAUAACUUCUCGGAUCACUUGUUGCCGAGCGACCGCUGGCAUUGGAGUGACAUCACAGGGCUGGAACACCAACCCCUGGACAGUUUCCUUCUUCCCUCCACCAACUGGGAGUGGGAGGGGGACUGGUACAUCGACGAGAACUUUGGAGGAGAACCCACAGAGAAAGGAGGUUGGACCUAUGCCUUGGACUUCCCUGCCACCUACAUCAAAGACAAGAAGUGGAACUCGUGUGUCCGUCGCCGGCGAUGGAUCCGCUACAGGAGGUACAAGGCCACAGACACCUGGGCCAAGAUCCCAUCUGAGGGUCACAGUGGUCCCCUGCCAGACCCCUUUAAUGACAUCAGCUGUGGGGGCUGGGAGAUCAGUGAGGAGCCCAGGGGGAGGCUGUCUCUGUGGGCUGUCUCUCUACAGGGCAAGGUGUGGUUCCGUGAGGGUAUCCACCACCACAGCCCAGAGGGGGAAGGCUGGGAGGAGGUGUCUCUGCCUGGGGAGGUAGUGCAGAUCAGCUGUGGUCCCGGGGACCUGGUUUGGGCUGUGCUCUGGGAAGGACAACUCAUCGUCAGGGAGGGCAUCACCAGAGACUGCCCACAAGGCUCGUCCUGGGUGGUGGUGGACUCUCCCAACCCAGAGGCCGGGGCCAUCCACGUAGCUGUGGGGGACAACGUAGUCUGGGCCGUCACCAAGGACAACAAAGUAUGGUUCAGGCGUGGCAUCAACUCCCAUAACCCAUGUGGUUCAGGCUGGAUCGGGAUGGUCGGGGAGAUGGUCAUGGUCAACGUGGGCCUCAACGACCAGGUGUGGGGUAUCAGCUGUGUGGACCGGGCAGUGUAUUUCCGUCAGGGUGUGACCUCCAGUGAGUUGAGUGGUAAAGCCUGGAAGGCUGUCAACGUGCCCCGAGACGGAGACAUCAGGUCCCACUCCUCCGCCAGCAUUAGCAGUCUGCACAGUGCUGGUUGUUUCUUCAGUGGUGAGGUACAAGCCCAGUCUGUGAUGAGUGAAGACUUGGACACAGAGGGCGGUCCACAGAGGGCGGUCCUAGAAGUAGGGGCAUGCCCCUCGUCUCCUCCCCCCGAGCCCCCUCCCAUCGACCCCGACGUCCCCAAACCACGCAUCCCUAAGGUCACCAGCGACAGCUUCAUCUCUGAGAUGCUCUCCGACCGUGAGGUCAAACAAGAGGGGGCCACCGCUGCCACCACUGCCAGUCCCUCUAUCCCAGAAGAGGAAGUCGCUCUUGGGGAACCAGAGGCCAUGUGUCUCCCUCCGGCUCUGGUUCUCUCCCCCAGCCUGUCUGGAGGGCUUGGGGACCCCCAGUGGAGUAACGUGGACCUGGAAGAGACCCAGACUCACCUGGCUGUGGGGCCUGCUGUGGUGAGAGGGGACUCGGCUGACACCUGUAGUCUGUCCUCGGUGGCCACCUACACCCUGUGUCAGGGGGAGCCGUAUGGGGCAGAUGAACACCCGCUCUGGGCAUGGGUCAGUGGAGGAGGCUGUGGUGUGAACUGUCACUCCCAGCUCAACUGGUUCAACUCUGCCACAGCCCUGGCAUCAUCAGUCCAGUCCAUGAGUCUGUCCAUCAGUCCAGCCCAGACAGCUGCCUGGCGGAAACAGAUCUUUGAGCAGCUCAGCGAACGCUCUAAGAGAGAGAUGGACCACUUUAAACACUACGAACAGGCCGUAGAACAGUCUGUGUGGGUGAAGAAAGGGACCAUGCAGUGGUGGAGGGACUGGAAGCCCCAUAAGUGGGUGGAUGUGAGGUUUGCCCUGGAGCAGUUCUCAGGACCUGAGGGAAACCAGGACGGCAUCCUCUUCCUCUACUACAACUUCAACGAGGAGAAGAAGUACCUGCAUGCAUUCAUCAACGAGGUGACUAUCUUGGUGCCGGUGCUGAAUGACUCCAAACACACGUUUGCCAUCUACACAGCAGAGAGGACCAAACAGAGGUGGCCUAUCAGACUGGCUGCUGCCACUGAGGUGGAGAUGCACGACUGGCUGGCCCUGCUGAGUGUGUCGUGCUGUGACUCCCGGGGGAUCCAGGGUCCCCCCUCUAAACAAGCCAUCUGGUCAGUCACCUGUAAAGGAGACAUCUUCGUCUGUGAGCCUUCGCCUAGCCUGGAAGCCUGUCCCUACCCCACACCCUGCGACCAGAUGUUCUGGCGUCAGGUGGGGGGCCACCUACGUCUGGUGGAGUGUAACAGUCUGGGGGUGGUUUGGGGGGUAGGCUACGACCACACUGCCUGGGUCUACACCGGCUAUGGAGGGGGAUUCUUCCAGGGUCUGGCCAGCAGCACAGAUAACAUCUUCACCCAGACAGAUGUGAAGUGUGUCUACAUCUAUGAGAACCAGAGGUGGAACCCAGUCACAGGUUACACCAACAGAGGCCUCCCAACAGACCGCUACAUGUGGAGUGAUGCAACAGGACUGCAGGAGUGUACCAAGGCCAACGCCAAACCUCCAUCCCCUCACUGGACAUGGGUAGCAGACUGGACCAUUGACUAUGGGAUCUCCGGGGGGACAGACCGAGAGGGUUGGCAAUACGCAGCUGAUUUCCCAAGGUCGUAUCAUGGCCACAAAACCUUGAAGGACUUUGUUCGUCGUAGACGAUGGGCCAGGAAGUGCAAACUGACGACCACAGGGCCGUGGCAGGAAGUCCCACCCAUCCCGUUGAGUGACGUGACCAUCGUCCUGUGUGGAGCUCAGAGCAGUGUUGAGCCGAUCCCUCUGUGGGCCAUCAGUAACAAGGGAGACGUGCUCUGUAGACUGGGGGUCACCCUACUGACUCCUGCCGGGACGUCGUGGCUUCACGUGGGCACAGACCAGCCGUUUAAGUCUAUCUCCAUCGGUGGGGCCAACCAGGUGUGGGCCAUUGCCAGGGAUGGAUCUGCCUUCUACAGGGGCUCUGUGUCCUCAGAGAGCCCUGCAGGAGAUUGCUGGUACCACAUCCCCUGUCCUGAAAGACAGAAGCUCCAACAGGUGUCUGUAGGGAGAACGUCGGUCUACACUGUGGAUCAAAAUGGUAACCUGUGGUUCAGACAGGGCCUGACUCCCAGCUACCCCCAGGGAUCAUCAUGGGAACACAUCUGCAACAAUGUACGCAAGGUCUCCGUAGGACCUCUAGACCAGGUGUGGAUCAUAGCUGACAAGGUGCAAGGCAGCCACAGUCUGAGCUGUGGGACAGUCUGCCACCGUCUGGGGGUUCAGCCCAUGGAGCCAAAGGGACAGUCAUGGGACUACGGCAUCGGGGGUGGCUGGGACCACAUCACUGUGAGAGGGAACUCCAUUGAGGCUCCUCGUGUCCGUAUGCCCUCCCUGACACCCUCCCUCACCUCCUCCCUAACGGACCCCCUCCGCCCCCCUCCACCCCGCAGCCUGCUCCCUGUCAUGGUCACAGAGAUGGAGAACGGGAACGCUGUCAGAUGUUAAACACACACACCUACAGUACUUGCUAGUGGACACUAUCUCUGUUCUGUCUUUAGCCCAACUCUCUCUUCAGAUACGCCACAAUGCAACUACCCCACCAUCCACACUGUACUGUAGCUCCCAGCUCCAGCCUCAGCUCUUCUGACCUAUCACCUGGCUGUGUUAAAAGACCUUUGAACCCUAUCUCUGCGCCCUCAACUUGACUCAGCCAAUUACCUUUUCUCUUUACAGCUAGCAGAUCAUGUUCAGUAUUUCCCACAUAGAGCACUAAUGUCGUUUUUAAACCGUGUCACUGAGUCUUUGAACAUUGCGCUAUUGUAAUUUAAAGGUUAACUCAGCUAAAAGACGUUGCCACGAGCAGCACCGCAAAUAUUCAGAUGAUUUAGAUGCAAGUCACACACAGUAUCUGCACAUGGAUCGCUUCACGUUGGUAGAGCGGUAGGUACAGAUCGCUUCACGUUGGUAGAGCGGUAGGUACAGAUCGCUUCACGUUGGUAGAGCGGUAGGUACAGAUCGCUUCACGUUGGUAGAGCGGUAGGUACAGAUCGCUUCACGUUGGUAGAGCGGUAGGUACAGAUCGCUUCACGCUGUUGGAGCGGUAGAUACAGAUCGCUUCACGUUGGUAGAGCGGUAGGUACAGAUCGCUUCACGUUGGUAGAGCGGUAGGUACAGAUCGCUUCACGUUGGUAGAGCGGUAGGUACAGAUCGCUUCACGUUGGUAGAGCGGUAGGUACAGAUCGCUUCACGUUGGUAGAGCGGUAGGUACAGAUCGCUUCACGUUGGUAGAGCGGUAGGUACAGAUCGCUUCACGUUGGUAGAGCGGCAGGUACAGAUCGCUUCACGUUGGUAGAGCGGUAGGUACAGAUCGCUUCACGUUGGUAGAGCGGUAGGUACAGAUCGCUUCACGUUGGUAGAGCGGUAGGUACAGAUCGCUUCACGUUGGUAGAGCGGUAGGUACAGAUCGCUUCACGUUGGUAGAGCGGUAGGUACAGAUCGCUUCACGCUGUUGGAGCGGUAGAUACAGAUCGCUUCACGUUGGUAGAGCGGUAGGUACAGAUCGCUUCACGUUGGUAGAGCGGUAGGUACAGAUCGCUUCACGUUGGUAGAGCGGUAGGUACAGAUCGCUUCACGUUGGUAGAGCGGUAGGUACAGAUCGCUUCACGUUGGUAGAGCGGUAGGUACAGAUCGCUUCACGUUGGUAGAGCGGUAGGUACAGAUCGCUUCACGUUGGUAGAGCGGUAGGUACAGAUCGCUUCACGUUGGUAGAGCGGUAGGUACAGAUCGCUUCACGUUGGUAGAGCGGUAGGUACAGAUCGCUUCACGCUGUUGGAGCGGUAGAUACAGAUCGCUUCACGUUGGUAGAGAGUGGUAGGUACAGAUCGCUUCACGCUGUUAGAGCGGUAGGUACAGAUCGAUUCACGUUGGUAGAGCGGUAGGUACAGAUCGCUUCACGCUGUUGAAGCGGUAGGUACAGAUUGCUUCACGUUGUUAGAGCGGUAGGUACAGAUCGCUUCACGUUGGUAGAGCGGUAGGUACAGAUCGCUUCACGUUGGUAGAGCGGUAGGUACAGAUCGCUUCACGUUGGUAGAGCGGUAGGUACAGAUCGCUUCACGUUGGUAGAGCGGUAGGUACAGAUCGCUUCACGUUGGUAGAGCGGUAGGUACAGAUCGCUUCACGCUGUUGGAGCGGUAGGUACAGAUUGCUUCACGUUGGUAGAGCGGUAGGUACAGAUCGCUUCACGUUGGUAGAGCGGUAGGUACAGAUCGCUUCAUGUUGGUAGAGUUGUAGGUACAGAUCGCUUCAUGUUGGUAGAGCGGUAGGUACAGAUCGCUUCACGUUGGUAGAGCGGUAGGUACAGAUCGCUUCACGUUGGUAGAGUGGUAGGUACAGAUCGCUUCACGUUGGUAGAGCGGUAGGUACAGAUCGCUUCACGUUGGUAGAGCGGUAGGUACAGAUCGCUUCACGUUGGUAGAGCGGUAGGUACAGAUCGCUUCACGUUGGUAGAGCCGUAGGUACGGAUCGCUUCACGCUGUUGGAGCGGUAGGUACGGUUCGCUUCACGUUGGUAGAGAGUGGUAGGUACGGAUCGCUUCACGUUGGUAGAGAGUGGUAGGUACGGUUCGCUUCACGUUGGUAGAAAGUGGUAGGUACGGAUCGCUUCACGUUGGUAGAAAGUGGUAGGUACGGUUCGCUUCACGUUGGUAGAGAGUGGUAGGUACGGAUCGCUUCACGUUGGUAGAGUGGUAGGUACGGGACCAAAACAAAGGAAAUUGACCUACUAUGCUGUUUACUUUCUGCAUCUACUUCAUAUAUGAGUCUACGUUUAAAUCUGUGGUCUUAAGAUAACUUUGUUUUACUUAUUGUUUUUGUUUGGUUGAAUGUUUUUUAUGUGUGUUUGGUGUGUACGGUAUUAUGUGAGUAGAUUUUUUUUUUUUUUAUGUUAUGUUGGUAAUUGAUUGAUCUUUUUAAAAUAAUAUGUGUUUUGGGGAUGUAUUCAAUGUGAUUGGGGCGACGUUAAGAUGGGUAAGAAAGCAUCACUGUCGGCCCAAUUAUUUGUGACUUAUUAUAAAAAGUCUGUAUCAGGAAGUUACAGUACUUACUACUUUGUACCUGCUGGCAACAGGUCGAGAUUCUACUGGAGUCGCACCAAAAACAAGAAGGAUUUAUUUAACGAAAACGUUUGUUAUUAAGGUUUGAUAACACAUGAUGCUUUUACAGUUCUAGGCCUUCCCCCAGAAUGGUUUGUAUCUGUGAUGGCCACAGUGAAGAGUUUGUAGGCCCAUGUAUUUUUGACAGCACUCGAAAAGAAAGUAUAUAUUCUUCUUUUCAUGAAAAAUUUGCAAUGUGUAGUUCUACACUGGACCAAAGUGUGAAUUGCUUGGAAAGUGAUGUCUUUGCGGGGCUUUAAAGUUUAUCUGUUUAUUUCUCAGGAAAAUAAGAGUUCUCCUAAACGCUAUUAUUGGCAUGUUCUUGACCUUCUACGAUUGUAGCAGUAAUGACUGACAGGCAACACACGUGAAAGGUUUGGUGGAAAGAACAAAUAAAUAUUUUUGUUAUAAAUCUGUAUAUGAGUUCAGUAUAAAUGUUUUAAUGGGGAUAUUUCAAGGUUGGUUAUUGUACGUUGGAAUAUAAAAAGGUAAAAUAUUAGUCCUAUGAACUAUUAUCCAUAAAUCACAAAAGCUGAAACUAGCACAUUUGGGCAUUAAUUGAUCUUACUUCUCUACAUGGAAACCAUAAGCGAAUAGCUAUCACUGAUAUACUGGAACUACAAAUAAUUGAUUGUACAGAAAACUGUCUGUGAAAACUCUCACUUUAUCUUCCUAUGGCAGUUCCUAAUACAAAGAGGGCGUUUUUUGAUAAUGUUUCACUUACUACUGUUUAGAACUGUACAGGCUUCAUCCUAAAGGAGCGGCACAUGCUUGGCAUGCUGUGGUGUACCCCUUCACCUUCCAAGCUUUAAGUGUUAGGUCUAGAGGAGGACCGUUUAAAAAAUGAUUCCAUUGUUUUUAUUGAUUAUGAUGUCAAUUAAAAUACUAUAAUCAGGUACUAUUCUAAUCCCAACAAGGCUGUUAUUGAUGUGUAUAUCUCUUCCUUCCAAUAGUGUGCAUGGUCAAUGUCCUCUCAAUAAAUGUGAUUAUUGAUAAGGAA